AUGUUUUAUCAUUUCAUAAAUAUUCUUCUAUUAUUUAUUGUUCAAUGUUUAUCGGAACAAUAUUUUUUGGGUACUCACUUUUAUGUUAAUCAAGAUAAUAUACUCAUUGAUAAUACAUUAAAAACUAUUUCAACAUUAGCACGUCCAUAUGAUCUUGUUGCAUUUAUUCGUCAAUCCGAACGUUUAACGCGUGUUGAUCAUUUACAAACAUAUAUUGACGCUGUUGAUGAUGUUGAAGAAUCUUCUUUGUUAAAUCCAGUAAAUAAUGAUAAACAAGAUAAUGAUGAAAAUAUUGAUAAAUGUAAUGAUUUUAUGCGUGAUGAAGAAUCUUUAAUAUUUAAAACUCUUAAAAUAAAUCUUUAUGAUACAUUUCAUAUACCAUUUGAAUUAAAAAAUCUAUCAAUUAAUUAUUCAAAUAAUGAUAAACCUAAAACAAAAAUUUUAACUUGUAAUCAUUUUUGUCAACUAAAUACAAGUUUACUUACAUUUGAUCAUUUAAUAAGUAUAUCUACUCGUUAUGAUCAACAACAAACUAUACAUAUUGAUGAUGAUGAAUUAAAUAAUAUAACAACUACAAUAAAUUAUGAUAAACAAGCUUUUUGGUCAAUUAAUGAAUUAUAUCAUAAUCGAACAUCUUGGUUAGCUUAUGUUUAUUUAAGUCGAUAUUUUUAUUCCAAUUCAUCAUAUGAUAAUGCAAUUGAUUGCUUACGUUGUGCACUUUUUUAUGAAUCAAAUAAUAAUAAUAGUGAUAUUAUUUUAAUUGAAUUAGCUAAUAUUGUCUUUCGUUAUGGUUAUAUACGUGAUGCAAUUGUAUUUAUUGAAAGAGCAUUAGAUUAUCAUUUAAGAAUGAAAACAACAAAUGUUAAAUCAUUAUUUAUUCGUUCAAUCUUACAUUAUUAUUUAGGAAAUUUAUGUACGAUUGAUAAUCGAUUUCUAUUAGCCAUACAAUUUUAUAAUAGAACAAAAAUUCUAUUAGAAAGAAUUCGAAAAAUCAGUGAUGAUCAACAGUUAGAAUUUCUUUCAUCUUCUUCUCUUGGUCCAUUAUCAAUCUCGUCUUUAUUAACAAUAUCUCAACAAAAAAUCGAUGCACUUCAUUGUCAUUUAACUUUAGAACUUUCAUUACAACGUAAACAUCAUAUAUUACAAACAAAACUAGCGCAAUUAAAUCAACUACGAUCAAUAACUGAUGAAUUAAUACAUUUAAAUGGACUUAUUAAACGUGAUAUGUCCAAUGGUCAAUCAUUUCUUGAUUAUUUACGUACACUGAAAGAAGAAGAAAAACAAAUUAUUUGUGAUUGGAAAAAAUUGGAUAAAGAAAAAUUUCAUAAUGAUCAUUUUUCGAAUAUUUUAUAUUCAAAUAAAAAAAAAUAUUCAACAAUUAUGAAACAAAGACAAUUCUGUUCUAUAGAUGAUAAUAAUUUUCUUCUAAUGCAAAGAUUAAAUGAUAGUAUUAUUAAUCAUUAUGAUUGUCGACCACGUGAUAAUAUAGUUACUAUUGAAGAGGAUAUUAUUUCUGAUGAUGAAGAAGAAUUAUUAAAUAUAAAACAACAUCUUAUGUCAUUACGUCUUGCGGCUAGUAAACGAACACAAUCUUCAUAUGCAUUAAAUGAUGAAAGUGAUGAAAUAAAUCCUAUUGAAAAAAGUAGACAAAUAACAUUAACAUCAACAGCAACAUGGCAAACAUUAACAUCACGUUUACCAACUGAUGUUAUUGAUCAAGUAUCAUCAUCAUCAUCGAUAAAAGAAUUUCUUUUAAAACAAUCAAAUGAACUUUAUCCACCACUUAAACAAAAUUCAAUAAUUAAAGUAAAUGAACCACAAUUACCAAUUUAUAGUGAAUGUCAAAUACAUUAUUAUGGUUUACCUACUAUUGGUGAUUAUCCAACAGUAUGGUUACCAUUAGAAAAUAAAGGUUUAUCAAAUAUUAAACAAGCAUUUUAUCAAGGUCUUAAUUAUCCAAAUAAACAUUAUCCACUUCCGUGGUCUCCACCAUUAUGUACUUUACAUAAACCAAUUAAUGAUCGUUUAUCAAUUAUUGAAAAUCAUCCAGUAUUAAAACGUAUGUCACGUUCAAAAGCACCAACAAAUCGUUAUGAUACAAAUAUGUUAUUAAAUUUAUAUUUAUAUAUCGAUUCAAUUAUUGAUGAACAAUUACCAAUUGAAGAAUUUGGUCAACGUUUAAGAGCAGUUGGAGAAAAACAUGAACAUUUAAUUCCAGAAUGGAUUGUUCAUUUAUUAUCAUCACUUUAUUGGCGUGUUAAUGGACAUUUACCCCAUGCGAUCGAUUGUGGAUUAAAAGCACAUGAAACUAUUAUUAAAAAUAAUACAUAUAAACAAUGGAGUGAUGUAACACUUAUUAAUCUUGCCAAUAUUUUGUAUCUUUGGGGUAAAUAUGAAGAUGCUCUGGAUUUAACUCAACAAGCUUAUUCAAUAAAUUCUCAUGAACCAAUAACAAAUUAUUUUCUUGGAAAUCUGUUAGCAUUAACAAAAAAUAAUCAUACAGCAGCACAAGAAUAUUAUCGACGUACAUUAACAAUUGAUCCAACACAUAUAUAUGCUCGUCGUCAACUGCGUCUUAGUUAUUGUUAUACAAUGCAUACAACAUGGGAAAUGAUGGGUUGUUUGGAUAAUAAAAAUCACUGUGAUGAAAAAACAGUUCGGGCAGAAAGUAUGAAAUAUACCUUGAUGUUGUCUGAUCAGAAUUAUAAAUUAUCUGAUACUACUAUGGCAUUAGCUCAUAGUAGUACAUAUUUAACUUCGUAUCAUGAUCGAAAUGCUCAAUGUCAACAAUCAAAUAUUGAUAAUCGUUCAUCGAUGGAUCGUUGGCUUAAUCGUUCAUCUUCAAUAUCAUCUAUGAAACAUGAAGACCUAUUCACUGAUGCUCGACGUGCAUAUCAUUUAUAUGGUUUAUGUUCAAAUAAUCAUAUCAAUAAUGAAUGUUCACAAGGUUUUGCUAUUACAAAACAAGGUUAUGAUAUUGGACAUAUAAUUAUUAAUUAUGAUACUAAUAAAAAAUUAUUUCAAUAUUCAUUUAUAUUUACAAAUGAUUAUGAAAAUAUGUUUUUAAAAGACAGUAAAUUAAAAUGUAUUAUCUAUGGUACUGGUAGAAAAUCUUCAAAAUGUCGAGAUAUAACUAUACUUGAUAUUAAUGAAUUAAAUCCUAAACAUAAUAUGACAUGGUGGCGUGAUCCAUCAACAAUCUAUGAACAUUUAAAAGAACUUAUUGAGAUUAUGGAUUAUGAACAACAAGUAAUUAAUCAAACUCGAUUAAAUAAUAAGAAUAUUUAUGAAAAAUAUUUUUCUGAUGAUUAUAUUUUAUCAAAAGAAAUUCAAGAAAAAUAUUUAUUAAAGAAUUCAAUUGAUAUAGAUAAAGAUGAUUGUAAAAAUAUAUCAUCGAUAAUAUAUACACCUUAUUUAUCGACAUGGAUAUCACCGCAAACAAAAAAUAUUUAUUUAAAUAAUACAUUUUUUAAACAAUUAAAAAAAGAGAAUUUAGAAUUUAAUGAACCAAUUUGUUCAUAUCCAAUUAUUGAACAAAUAAAUAUAACAAAAAAUAUGCAAUUAAUAGAUUAUAUUAUAAAGAAAGCAAAUGAAAAUUUAACUUUAUAUAGAGCUGAAACAAUAUUAAAACCAAUUUUAUUAAAUUUAAUUUUUGAAAAAAAUCCAACAAUAAUGAAUAAAGGAGGUGAUGAGAAAACAUUAAUUGGAUCUUUUUUGGCUACUGGUUUUGAUUCACCUGUAUACAAUAGUUCAUGGCUUUUUUUUCAUACACUUUCACUCUAUUGGCGUCUUAUGGGUAAUGCAUCUCAAGCAUUAAAUUGUCUUUUUCAUUCUCAUUUAUUAUCACCAUCUAAUGUUCAAGACUUAACAUAUCUUUCAAUGGCAUUGAUACUUUAUAAUAGUCAAUUAUAUACAAAUGAAGCUAUUUAUUUACUAUAUGAAUCUUUAUCAAUUGAUUCCAAUGAUCUUCUUCUUACACAUUUUACAUUAGGGAAUGCAAUGGCAAGAAAAGGUCAUUUAGAUUAUGCUGAACAAUGGUAUCAAUCAACAUUAAAAAUAAAAUCUGAUUUUGAACCAGCUAAACAACGUUUGCAUGCUAUUCAAUGUUAA